GAUUUGACUAGUAUCUUUCCGCAUCUACCUUCAUUCCUUUGACGGGUGUUAGCGGUUGCGGUUUCCGUUGUGCUGAAUCUUAACCGUUAUUUUGGGGCCCUCAAAUCGCCGAUACUGUGUUCACUUUCAUUGCCGGUGGCGGCGAAGCCACCGUACCAGCCACCGACACCGUCCAAUCCAUUUCAGCCUUUCGAAUUACGAUGACGUAUUUCGAGGAGGACGCCAUUAACGAUGACGGUGAUCGCGUGAGGGACGUCGAGCGCAAUCACGACGGCGGAGGAGAAUACGUCAAAUUGGUUUGGGAUCCACAACCGGAGGCCGCGCCCACUCACCGGGGAGGAUCAUCGCGCCUCUGGUAUUGGGUUAAAUUGGUGCUCUGUUUCUUAUGUCUGGGCCUCUUGGCUCUCGUUGCUUUUGAAUGGGUUGCCCCACUCUUCAUAGAAAAGGUGAUUAUUCCUAUAAUAAAAUGGGAGACGAACACGUUCAGUUCUCCGGUGUUAGCUGUUCUGUUGUUUGCUUCUAUAGCGCUAUUCCCUACCCUAAUUUUGCCGUCCUCGCCUUCUAUGUGGGUGGCUGGGUUGAAAUUUGGUUAUGGCUUUGGAUUCUUGCUAAUCAUUUCUGCCGCAGCAGUGGGAGUAUCACUUCCUUUCUUGAUCGGUUCAAUCUUCCAUAGUAAAAUUGAAGGGUGGUUAGAAAAGUAUCCAAAGAGAGCUUCUGUUCUAAGAUCUGCUGGUGGGGGAAAUUGGUUUCAUCAAUUUCGGGCAGUUGCUUUAAUCAGGGUUUCUCCAUUCCCAUACAUAAUCUUCAACUAUUGUGCUGUCGCAACAAAUGUUAAGUAUUGGCCUUACUUGCUCGGAUCCUUGGUAGGAAUGGUGCCAGAAAUAUUUGUUUCAAUUUACACGGGAAUUUUGAUAGAAGCAUUGGCUAAUGCUUCACAUCAAAAUCACACUCUAUCCACUCCACAAAUUGUCCUCAAUGUAGUUGGUUUCUGCGUAACUGUAGCCACAAUAAUCUUUUUCACAGCUUAUUCUAAGAGGCAGCUAAAGGAGUUACAACAGAAAGAGAAUGAUCUGGUCUUUCAAUAAUCCAGUAGGUGUAGUCUGGGUUUAUUUGCUGGCAGCAUGAGGCAGUUACUACUAUCUUAUACUGGCACAUCAAAUUGAUGCACACUGCACAGUCGAGUGAGGUUUUAUUUAUUAAGUAACCUCAUAUAUGGGAGGAUUGAACGUCACAUGUUGGCUUACCACAGAACAAGCUAACGCGGCUAACAUCAGCAUUCCUAUCUUUUUUUCCAUAUGUUGCUUACAGCAACUGUUUUCUUUGAUGGUGCUUCCAUCUCAUUUCACUACUAGCAUGUUUGGUGGUACAUUUUGGAUGUGAUUUUAAGAAGCUAAUAGUUAUAGCUUCUACAUCCUAAAUGUAAUUUUUUUCAUUCUGAACAAAUUUCCAAAUACGCUAUAUGUGUAUUAAAUUAAAUGAAAUUCCCGCUUUUAGAGUAAUUGUUUUCAACUUACCAA